UUUGGUCGCAUCAUUCCAGGAAGCUAGCUAUGUGACAAUCUGGCUGCAGCUGUAUCCCGGACCCCAUCCCCAUCCCGGUCUACCCAGGAUGGAUCAGAGGACAGCUGAAGCGGACCUCAUAACCGACAGCAACCCUGUCACGUUACAUGGGGAAUUUACGCUUACUAAUAAUCAAAAAGUCAGGUACUCAGUAAACCUGACUGAAAAGGACCUCAUUGUCCAGAGGUUCGCGUCGGCACCUAUCGGUCGGAAGGUGGUCCUGAGUCUGAGGGACUGUGUGGGCUGCCGGGCUUACCGGGAGGAUGACAACGCGGACCCCGCGGCGUACUUUGCGGCGUACUUCUACCCGCUCAAACGUCGCUGGAUGAGUUCCGGGGUCUCGCGGCAGAGAGUGGAGCAGUGCUUUCGUCUCGCCGCGCUCCAGGACCCGUGCGCUAAUCUGGAGGAGGCAGAGAAGUGGGCUCGCGCUGUCCGAGAACGCUCUGCCCGGCAACAGCACCUUGGAGACGGCGUGCUGCAGAGUAAGUUGUCCCGUCCAUGCCGGAUGAUGCUGCUGGUGAACCCGCAGAGUGGGAAAGGACAGGCGCUCACCCUCUACAACAGCCACAUCCAGCGAAUGCUCAAUGAAGCUGGCAUCAUACACACUCUGAUUAUCACCGAGCGGCAGAAUCACGCCCGGGAGCUGGUGAGAGAGGCUGACCUGUCGCAGUGGGACGCUUUAGUCAUCAUGUCAGGAGAUGGACUUCUGUACGAGGUGAUAAAUGGUCUGCUGGAGAGAUCGGACUGGGAGGAGGCCAUCCGAACGCCGCUGGGCAUCCUUCCUGGUGGAUCGGGCAACGCCUUGGCUGCGUCCAUACAUUACUACUCCGGAGCGUCUCCGGCGUUUGGCGAGGAGCUCCUGGUCAGCUGUGGUUUCCUGCUUUGUAAAGGCCUGGUGUCCCAGAUGGACUUGAUCUCCAUCCACCUCUCCUCCAGCCCUCGGCUCUUCUCCUUCCUCUCUCUGGCCUGGGGCUUUGUGGCAGACGUUGACAUAGAAAGCGAGAAGUAUCGUCAUGUGGGAGCUGCUCGCUUCACCGUUGGCACGCUGGUGAGGCUGGCAUCUCUUCGCAUCUACAAGGGUAAGCUGGCUUACCUGCCCAUUUCCAAGGACCACAGCAAUAAGGAAGGUUUGCAAAAUGGUAUGACAGUGUGCUGCAACAGUCAAAGGUCCUCCCUGAGUCCAGUCUCCACCCUUUCCAAAGACUCUUCCUGCCACAACACCUUCCACAACUCCUGCCACUCCAACAACUCCCUCAAAGUGAGGAGGACGGUGAGCACGCCUUCUCGAAGUGCCAUCAAAUCUCUUCCCGGUCCAGCCGACUCCCUGCUGUCGCCUCUGAGUGAGCCGGUGCCAGGCAACUGGGUAGUUGUGCAGGAGGAAGAAUUUGUCCUCAUGCUGGCCAUGUAUCAGUCCCACCUGGCAGAAGACCUCCUGGCGGCACCGGACGCCAGCUUGGAUGACGGUGUCAUUCAUCUUUUCUACGUUAAAGCUGGAAUAUCUCGUACCGCGCUGCUCAGGCUGUUCCUAGCUAUGGAGAAGGGUGCACAUCUGGCCACUAACUGCCAACAUCUGGUGCACACUAAGGUUCGUGCACUCAGACUGGAGCCACAUUCACCCAAAGGGAUGAUAACGGUAGAUGGAGAGGUGGUAGAAUACGGGCCGGUGCAGGCAGAGGUGCAUAAAGGCCUGUCGAGGCUGAUCAGUGGAUGAAAUUUUCAGAAACAGCUGUUAGCUCCCAUCGCUGCUGCUUGAAGCUGAAAGUCACGGAGCAGAGCAGCAAAUGGACGACUUCUACUCUCAUAUAAUAGUAUUUUUCAUCUGACGAAGCUGUGAUGAUGGAUAUAGCAACAACAAGAGCCAGGGUGUUCAGUAUUAGACAAAUAAAUGUAAGGUAUCAUUAAAUGCAA